AUGAAAGAAGGCAUAAUCAAAUUUGAGGGAUGUGAUGCACCCGAGAGAGAACGUGAUUCACUCUACUUUGGGACAUUCCUCUUUCGACUUGACCGCGCAACCGAAGCCGAUGCAACUGGCGGAGGCAGUAUCCCAUACAGUGGAUAUCAGCGCGCCUUGCAACUCUAUGGAAAUGAGAAUGCCUUCGAUUUGAGUCAUGCACAGAAGCGUAAUCUUCUGGAUUGCAAGAACCUGGAGAUGAACCGGUCGAUUGCUCGAAAGGCCGGCUACGACCCUGACGCAGGCAGAAGUGCGCCGUGGGCAGGAGUGUACUUCUCCGGCAGACACGUCCUAACAUACCCCGGUCCUAUCAAGACUCCCUUUGAGCAACCUCAUCAAGGACAGUUUGCCUGCGAGAAACCCACGGCGGAAGAGGAUCUCACGACAUUCUCUGACUCUGGAACAACCAUGGCUCUCGCACGCACCACUGAAGAUCAGCUUGCGAAGUUGCACGAUCUCAUCACCGGCUCGCCCAUCAAGCUACACUCUGCCUUGUGUGCCAGGCCUCCUCUUCUCCUCAGCACGGACAACAACGACCAUGAACUCUACGAGCACCACGAGCAUCAUGGGGACCACAAGGACAACAAGCCGACAACUCUUCGAGGUAUGAGUGGAAGCCGUGUACCAACAGCCAACAACUUCGCAAGUACUUGCGUUGGCGGCAUGGAAAUGGCCGUCGUUGUCACCGAAUUGCUCGAACGCGUUGUCAAGGGAGACCUCAAUAAUGAAUGGAAAGAGACCAUUAUGGAGACACUCGAUUACAUUGGAGGGUCGGAAAAUAUGUAUGCUUUCCUUGAUGUUGUGUACAAGCAGUUCCCAAAGAAGGUAGAAACUUCUCCAGCCUCAACUAUUGGCUGCGGUCUACGUGGCUCAAAUUGA